AUGGAAAGGGGAGGAAUGAGGAGGUACAUUGCCGGCUUUGCGCUGGAGUUUCCAAAAGGCACCGUCCGCAUUGAUGAUGCCAUUGCCGAAAAGGUCCCAGGAGCGGGUUUUGACAAAGUUGCCUUUGGUGAAGAGACCUUCGUGCUUGAAGACGUAGUCGAGGUUUUUGGGAUCGUGGAUGAGCACGCCUGGGGGGAGGGUUGGGACUGUGAGGGCGAGGGUCUCGUAGCCGAAUUGGCGCUGGCAUUUGUUGAACCAGCUGAGGAGGUUCCAGCGGGGCUGGAGGAAUUGAAUACCGUUGCCCACGAGGGGGAGGGUGUCGGGUGGGUUUCGUAG